UUUAUGGAAUUAUGGCGAGUCCUGUCGCUACGUAUGCCGCUCUCGCGACGGUCUCGCUCACCAUCGGUUACUGGGUGGGCACCCGCUGGGCUAUGAGAACUUUAAGCUCUGAUGAAACGCCAAAGAAUGUUGGCGACAUAACGAAACCCACCGGUGACUCAGAACCUGGAGCAGAUUCGGAUUCUAGUUCGUCGGAAGAGCCAACGGGUGAAGACCUCGCAUCCGUAAAGGCUGGUUUAUUCGAAGACUGCAAGCUGGCCCUCGUUGUACGUGUGGACUUAGGAAUGUCAUCUGGCAAGAUAGCGGCACAAUGCUCCCAUGCGACCUUAGCGUGUUAUAAGGCCCUGGGCAAAUCAAACCCCGCGCUAUUGCGGCGCUGGGAAAGAACAGGGCAAAGCAAAGUGGCGCUGCGCGCAGACAGUGACGAAGAUUUGGAGACAAUGGAGGCUAUGGCGCGCAGCUUGAAUCUAUGCGCCCGUGCCAUUCAUGAUGCCGGGAGGACACAAAUCGCUGCCGGUUCUCGGACAGUACUCGGAAUCGGACCUGGACCCGCGAGACUCGUAAACCAAGUCACAGGGAAAUUACGACUUCUAUAACCGCUUUUCAAAUUCCAUGGAAGCGACAAUUAAUGAUCGUCUGUCUAUUUGUCUGAGUUGUCUUCAGUGCCUUCAGUUCGUUUACUUGGAGGAAGUGUCGGAGCUUGCGGCGAUAGACUAAGUCAAGGGUACUGGAUUGCUUCCGGAUGUUCGUGACGCCAAGCGAUUACCGACGUUUCAUUCAAUUUGUACAGACUCAAAAGUUUGGCUCCAUAUGCCUCAUUAUUAGCCUUCACCAAAGCGAGGACCUUUCAUGUCAGGAGGGAAGCCUUCUCAGCAUUGAAUGGGUGAGGGCAACAUCGGCUCGUCGGCUCACUGACGAGCCAAGAAUUUGGCUGUUUAGUGCGCCUGUAUUCAUCACGGUACAGCCAAUACAACUAUACCACGG